ACGGAUGCUUCGUUUCUCAAACGUUUGUGUUUGUUAGUUGAUUCAUUUUUUGAAAUAAGUGAUCGUUAUUUAAUUUCAUUUGUUUUCUAUCCGAAUAAACAUGUCGAGUACAUCCCAGAAACAUCGUAAUUUCAUAGCCGAGCCUAUGGGAGACAAGCCCGUUACAGAUUUGGCCGGUGUAGGUGGAGUGCUGGGAGAGCGUUUGGUUACAGCCGGUUUCGACAAGGCUUAUGUGGUACUUGGCCAGUUUUUGGUCCUGAAAAAGAACCAGGAGUUGUUUAAAGAAUGGAUGAAGGAUACAUGCAUGGCUAAUUCAAAGCAAGCUUCAGACUGCUGGCAGUGCCUCAACGAUUGGUGCGAAGAGUUCUUGUAAUUUAUUUGUUUUUUUAUGGAUUUUUACGGAGUUUUUAACGUUUUUUAUCUAAUUUAACUUAUGUAAAUAUAUAAAUUUUGCUAAUUUUGAUUGAUGUAUAUAAGGCGAAUUAAAUUAAUUGAAUUAAAGAGAAUAUUUUUUGCCU